UUAUCUGAUUUCGUCUGCAUGUUCUGACGGUCUGUGUGUUUGCUUCUUCAAAUCUCUGGACUAGCGUCUCCGAUGCUGUCUAGUAUGAGCGGGGCUCCAAUCAAGCUAUAUCUACAGAAAGAGAGGGUUCUUGUCUGGAACGCAGAGGAUGUCAGCAAGAUUCGAGGCCAGCAUCGAAUCGUCGGAACGCAGGUCGGCUGCUUUCCACGCUGCCCCUAUCAGAACGUGCUGCUCGGAUUGCCAGUGCAAUUUACCAUGGAGGAGGCGCAUUUGCUUAUUUCCAAAGGGUUUUGCGUUCUCGUGAAGAACGCGAGGUUGAGCCAGCCACCUUCGGAUGAAGAGAGAGCGCACGUUGAUAAGUGCGCAGACGAUGUCUACCAACAGCAGGUUGAAGUGAUUAUGGAGCAACGGAAGGCUGAAAUUAAGCAAUACGCAGAGAACAUUGUCGCGGGUCAUGUUAAGAAGACCGCAGGGCAGCUUGUCUCCAAGAGGGUGAGAAAGAAGUUGAAAAAGAGUGGUGUCUCUGCGUCUGCUGAAGGGGAGGAUCCAGGCUCUUCUGCUGAGCCCGUUGAGAUACAAGCAGCAGACUUCGAGGCCCAGAAGGAGGCCAUUAUUGCCGAUGUGAUGAAGAAGAGGGUGUCUACACCAUCACAAGACAUCACACUGGCUCCUGUUCUGUACGAGUGCCUGCGAACAAAGACAUCAGACUUCGUGCCCGCAGAGUUGAACUACCCGAGGAGUGAUGCGCACAAAAUACGUUGCCGAGUGUUUGAGGAUCUCUGGGAAAAGGGCCACUACAUGACGGUCGGGUCGAAGUUUGGAGGAGACUUUCUCGUUUAUUCUGGUGACCCACUUGUGUUCCACGCUUUCGGCGUGGUGGUGUGUCUCGGGAAGGACACCAAAGUGGCAGGCCGUGACAUGAUAAUGUGGGGCCGCCUGGGGAACGCCGUGCAUAAGACCAUCAUCCUGGCCACGCUUCGAGACGAUCGAGUACAUUACCUCUCACUACGCUGGAGUGGUGAACUGUGACCUACGGACUACAUCUGGCAAGCUGCUUUGCAGAAGU